GCUUAGUAUGCGCUGCGAUACCAGACUGCAGCCCACGCAUCUCAACUAUGGUGAAUUAUGGUGAAAUAUGAGAGACGUGGGAAGAGCCGGCAGCUCAAAAACAGUUUGUCGUGAUGAGAUGACACCUUCGCUGGACAGAUAAGUCAAAUAAGGGAUGAAGGAAAGAUAUGAAGGAAUGGACUCACGACCCCAAGACACAUUUUAAGAGGAGACAAACUGGAUAAAAAAUACAUGCGUCUGUGCACCAAGAGAACCAGGAGCCGGAGCUUUGGGUGAUAUAUGGCUGGCAGAGAGGAGCUGCUUUAACCGUGGGAGCUGACUUUUGACCGAAUACUGAACACGCUGGGCCCGUUACGCAUUACCACCAGAGGACACACUGUAUACAAGCCUUACAAGCACUAGUGCACAUAGCUCUUCGCAGGCGGAUCUGCCUGAACCCACGAGUGUGUGGAGCCUUUAUCUCCUCGUGGCCCACCGUGGCCCCACCCUGUCUGAAACCUGCAGGUCCCAUCUUCCUCCAGCAUGACGGUUGCUACCAGCGACCCUACGGAUGAAGCCGCAGCACAUCCGGGUCAGCCUCAGGACCAGUACGACCCAGAGCUGGACCAUGAGUGCUGCGAGAGGGUCGUCAUCAACAUAUCAGGCUUGCGCUUUGAGACGCAGCUCAAGACCCUCUCCCAGUUUCCCGAGACGCUGCUGGGGGAUCCUAAGAAAAGGAUGAGGUAUUUUGAUCCUCUCCGGAAUGAGUACUUUUUUGAUCGAAAUCGACCAAGUUUUGAUGCUAUUCUGUAUUAUUACCAAUCAGGAGGGAGGCUGCGCCGGCCUGUUAAUGUGACCCUGGACAUUUUUUCUGAGGAGAUCCGGUUUUAUGAAUUGGGUGAGGAGGCUAUGGAAAUCUUUAGGGAGGAUGAAGGUUUCAUAAAGGAAGAGGAGCGGCCUCUGCCAGAGAAUGAGUUUCAGAGACAAGUAUGGUUGCUGUUUGAGUAUCCAGAAAGCUCAGGUCCUGCGCGUAUCAUUGCCAUCAUCUCUGUCAUGGUGAUUCUUAUCUCUAUUGUCAGCUUCUGUCUGGAGACAUUGCCAAUUUUCCGAAAGGAUGAUGAGGAGAUGUACAAUUUUCCAUUCCAGUCAAUGUCCAAUGCCACCUCUACCUAUGACAGCUCGGCAUAUUUUAAAGACCCUUUCUUCAUCGUGGAGACCCUCUGUAUCAUCUGGUUUUCUUUUGAGUUCCUAGUUAGGUUCUUUGCCUGUCCCAGUAAAGCUGGAUUUUUUGGCAACAUCAUGAACAUCAUUGAUAUUGUGGCAAUCAUCCCCUACUUCAUCACCCUGGGAACAGAGCUAGCAGAGAGGCCAGAGGACGGCCAGGCAGGCCAGCAGGCUAUGUCUUUGGCUAUUCUCCGUGUUAUUCGUUUAGUCAGGGUAUUUCGUAUCUUUAAACUCUCACGUCACUCCAAGGGGCUCCAGAUCUUGGGCCAGACUCUGAAGGCUAGUAUGCGUGAGCUGGGCCUUCUCAUCUUCUUCCUGUUCAUCGGCGUCAUCCUCUUCUCCAGUGCUGUCUACUUUGCAGAAGCAGACGAGCCACAAUCCCAGUUUAGCAGCAUCCCUGAGGCCUUUUGGUGGGCCGUGGUUUCCAUGACCACCGUGGGCUAUGGAGACAUGGUCCCAACAACCAUUGGAGGAAAGAUUGUGGGGUCUCUCUGCGCCAUUGCCGGUGUGCUGACUAUUGCCCUGCCUGUGCCUGUCAUUGUGUCAAACUUCAACUACUUCUACCACCGAGAGACAGAGGGCGAGGAACAGGCACAGUAUCUGAAUGUCCCAAGUGUUCCUAAAGUGAGCUCAGCUGACGAUCUGAAAAAGAGCGGUCGGAGCGGCAGUGGGUCCACUCUCAGUAAAUCUGACUAUGUGGAGAUCCAGGAGGCUGUGAACCACAGCACUGAGGACUUCAGACCAGAGGGCAUGAAAACAGGAAACUGCACCCUGUCCAACACUAACUAUAUUAACAUCACUAAGAUGCGUACAGAUGUAUAAUGUAAGCUACUGUAGAUGGUUAACUUCAGCUGGGGUCUGUAACGGGAGGAUGAAGGUGUAACUCCAUGUAUUGACCAACGUAUGGCACCCAGUAUGAGAGUCCAGAGCAGAUGAGUGGGAUUACCUUGGAGAAAAGAUCAGUCGAGAGGACCUCAUGUUCAAGCACAUCCUAUGAAGCUAUCAGCGCAUAUCAUAGAAUUGCCACCCGUCUUAUUUAGGACAUUGUCAGUGUCUGCAUGGAGAUUUUUUUUUUUUUUCUCAUCUACGUAUGUGACAGUAGUCAUCCUGCUCGCAACAGUAGCCAAAUAGUAGCCUAACCAGUAAUAACUAAUAUUAACAGCAUAAAGGGACCACUAGUUUCUACCUUCUUGCUCAAACUGCCGCUGGGAGAAGAUGCACGAUAACAAUUUAGAUCAGCCUAACAUUUAUUAUUAAAUGUAACUUAACUUAUUGUGAUUAAAAACAGGUCACACUAUCAGCAUCAUGAGCAACUUUAAUCUGCUGCUCUAACUGCCAAAGAGAAAAACAAAAUCACCAAGACCACAGUUGUUCUGUCAGGGGAAAACUGAAGUGCACAACUAAGAGCGAGAGAGAGUGAUACUAAUAUGCUCUCUGGCCAAAUGGUCAUUUGUUGCUUUCUCUGUCAGAGACAAAAGCUUGAGUGCACUUGCGUUCCUCCCCGGGUCCUCACUAGAUAUUGUCUAGUUCUAGUUUGUGGCUUCGGUAGAGACCAACAAAUACAGUAGAUGACAGUGCUGUAAUUCUGGACCACAUAGCACACCUCUUUCUCCUGUCAUUUUUCUUCAAUGAAGUUCAAGUGGAUUUACAGUAUUUACACCAUCGCCAAGACCUUUUGUUUUUAGCCAAUGCAGGCCAGCAGGUGGACAGAAGAAAUGUCUAAACAGAGUGAAUGUUUAUUUAUUGAUGUGUGUUCAUUUGAUGUGUUGUGUAAUGUAUGCUUCUUUAGUAAUAUGAUGAAUGUGUACCUCUCACCUAAAUUUUUUAUGGUUAAGAUACGUGAUGUAGAAAGAUAGUGAAUAUUUUCUCUGCAGCGUUCUGAGUGAGUGCCUAUUUCUCCAUCCUCUUGACUUUACCUUUAAGUGUCUCUUCAGAUGCCCUGGUCUACUAUAACAGAUGUACAGUAUUUAUAACAAGUGUUAUAAAUGUUGCUGUUCUUGACUUCAUAGCAUUCCAAUCAAAUGAGAUUAAGGAGCAAACUAGGGUGAGAUUUUAGUUUGUUGUUUUUGUCAGGUAACUUGCAACCAAGUUAAUGGCAGCAGAGUUAACUAGUUUUGUGUAUAAGGCUUUUUAUGGUAUUAACUUUAAAUGACAGUUUUCUCUAAAGGCCCACAAUCAAAGAAAGAGCUCAGUGAUCAAGUAAAAUUAAUCUAUGACACCUUCAAGGUCCAUCUUUUGUCAUACUAGCACUGCUUUGUAUUAUUCAGCCUUGCUGGAUGAGUGGCAAGAGGCAAUCUCAGUGUUUAAGCCUACUGUAAGCUUGCUUAUGCAAAAGCGUAUUUGGAAUACAGGUAAAAUGAACUUAUUGAUUGCUCUUACCUAAUCAAAGUGAUAAAUCAUUUCAGUCUGUCAUGCCCUCUUUCCCAUAUAUCUCCCAUAUUUAACAAUUGAUCAAAAUUAGUAAACUUUGCCUGCCUCUGGAACAAGUUAAAAGUGUUACUAGCGCAAUUAUUAGAUCACCCAAGACAAAUGUGCUGCCACCUAUAACGUAUCUUGGGUUGUAAAAGAGAUUAAUUUGGUUCUCAGUAUUUGUUUUUCUCUCAUGCAGUUUAAACAAUCAUUCCAUUGGCUCAUUUUGCCCACAUAAUGCAGGACCUAUGUGUCCUUCAUAAGCUUUUGAUUAAACAGAUGCUAUUCUGCUAUUGUAGUGCUGCAUGUCCUUUCUAGUAUUCAUUGUAGCAUGAAUUAGUAUGAAUAAUACUUAAAAAGCAAAUUGACAUCAAUAUAUUCCUAUAUCUCUACUGCCGCUAUGUGCAAUAUACUGUAUGAAAGACAAUUGUCUUGCCUUAGAAGUAUGUGUCAUGCUUUGCAUAUGCUACUUCUUGCCAUUACUAUCUGAAAUAUUGUUGAGUCGCAAAUCCAUGUGAAGUAUUUACCCAGAAAGUGCUGUGUGUCCACGAAUGUAAGUAAAAAAGUAACAGCAGGUUUAUUCAUGAGAGGACGCGGGGAAGGUUUGAGAGGAGAGUCCAAAUCCACACUGAAUUCAGAACAGGGAUAGCUAAACAUAUGAUCAACAGUUCAGACAUUAACUAAUGUCCCGCUUGCUUCUUCUUUAUCGUCAGUUGCAGUCACAACCCAGAACCAUGUCUCAUAGUGAAAGCACAACAACAGCUACUAUAUGCUGCCAGCCCAGUAGAUGCACAGAUUCAAACAGUCGCUCAGACUUUUUCUGCCCAGCCAAGUGUAUCAUAAUGCUCCUAGGGACUGUCUAAGUGGGCUUAUCUCUGAUAUAUAGGUCCAUCACACUCAGUGUGUAGUGUUGUGUGUGUGUGUGUGUGUGUGUGUGUGUGUGUGUGUGUGUGUGUGUGUGUAAAUGAGAGAGAAACAGACAGAGAGACAAAGAGAUUGUGAGAAAUAGAGAGCUUUUAGAUGCACACAAGCUGAGUGUGAAGCUCAGAGACAAUGUGGUAGUAGUUAUCUAAAACACUGCUCUUCUUGACUCCAGGCUACUAUGGUGCUCUGUAUAUUCGAUUCCAUCCUAGCACAGUGUUUACAGCCUGUGUAUAUGUUCAGCACAUGCAUAUAGUUAAUAAACAAAGACAACUGAAAGGAAUGUCCUGCCACACUCAUUACUGUAGAGAUGAGAUCUGUGAGCAUGUGUUGACUUAUGAGAUAAGCUGCAGUAUCAGCCAAUUACUGGGGGUUAAAGGAAAUAGAAGGAAAGAGAGGAAAGGUUGGGAAGGAAAAUACAAUAAUGGAAGUAAGAUAAACACUGCCCACACCCUCUUUUGCUGUCUAAACUGAUGUGUAUUUUUCUCAACUGUUCUUGUUUACCGGAACACCUACUGUAUGUGAAUUUAUGUGGCAUGAAAGCUUCGUCUGGACUUCUGUCGUUUCUUGUUACCAAACACACUACUGAAGUGACACUCUGUCAAGACAAAAACACUCUCUUGAAGAAACCGACACAUCAGGAUCAUCUGAACCAAGGAAAACACAUCCUUGCUGUCCUCUACAGGCAAGAGGACACUUGACACACACAUAUACACAUGCCGGACAAUUGAACACAUACAGCUGGUGUACACACACUGCCUGUGAUGGCCACGUCUGCUGCCAGGACGGACUCCUGUGGUUCUAUCAAACUUCAAGGCCACAAAGUGAAUGGAUUUAAAUCCACCACUGGUGGUGAAUACACAUACAGUAGCCAUGUAAACAAUGUAUUUAGGAGUUACAGCUGCUUUCAAUGAUGUCUUAAAAUGCCUAAAGCUUCAGCUUCAAAACGAGCUUCUGCCAUGUAAAGAUUCCUGUAGCAGGGAAUCAAAGUGUACGCUUGCUGAAUUAAUCCAAGAAACUAAAGUUGUAUAGUAGGUGAAUUAUCUCUUAGGUUUGAUAUGUUUCAGGGAAUAAGAAUGGAAGUAUAUUAAGAAAUCAAAAAGGAAAUAUAAUUUAUAUGAGAACUUUAACUUAUUUGUGUCAUCAGACACUGUAUGAACAACUGUUGUUUUUGUUUUUUUUCCACUAUGUUUUUCUAUUUGAAUGUUAUUGUUGGCUCACCUUUGAGCCUCAUACGGUGCAGGGGCUGAGGUUUGACUAAAGUGCACAUGCCUUGGUAAAAUAGAUUCUGUCUGUACUGUAUUAAAACAUAUUUACCCCCAAACAACCACCUCCUCUACUGUAACUCUAUUUCCCCGACCUUCUUCAAUUUUGCCAGUCACAAAUACUGAAUGUGUAUGGAAUUUAGAUAACUCUCAGCUUCUUCACUAGCUUUCUUUAGCUUUUGUGGUCUCUAUUCAGCCAUCUGUAAAAAGUUUUUUUCUACCAUUUCAAGGAAAAAGACAAGCAAAUUGUCCAUUAUUAAAUACAAAGGAAAUAUGGAUCUGUACACUUGCCAUGCCCUUGACGAGGACUUCCAGUGAAUAUAAACUGAUUAAAAGAGAACAUUGAUAGAUACUUUCAUCAUUCAAAAUAAUUGUAAAUGAUAAAACUAUAAUGAAUAAUAAUGGUCUUCGUGAUUAUAUCAAAAAUUACAUGUUUAUGAUAACGUCAAGCUACUGUUGUCUUUUUCAUUUGAUGUAAAGGACCUUUUGUGAAGAUUAGGCAAAAAGACAAAUAGAUUUUCAAUUCUUAUAGUGGAUUCAGAAAAGUUUUUCUCAUAAUGAUAUGAUUUUAUCUAUUAUGGUUUUCACCCUAGCAAUAUACUUUAUAUGUAUGUCCAGAAUGCACAGAAUUGAGCAGAAAAUGAUUACUCAAACUCUUAAUUGGUGAAUGUUUACAUCAAAUCCAACAACUUACUGUAUUUCCUGUGUGAAAACAUAGCAAAGUCACUGAACCAUACAAUUUGUAACAUAUCCAAUUCUUCGUUGGUGCUCUUAUAGCAAAAUAUAGAGCCUUGAGAAAGAAAACCAAAAAGUUCCAUAUAUACCAUAUAAAAUGAUGAAAGCAUCACUGGAGCUGCUGCUCUCAUGUCCAUUACAGAAGGAAUAUUUGAAUCAACCCUGAACUCCUCAAUGGUAUUGUGUCUCGCUUCUUUCCUUAAGUGAAUCUUAUGCUCCCUGUGUUUUACUGAGAAAGCAAAGUGGUCUAUUUAUAGAACCAGGAAGGGG